GCACUUCUCAGCUUAACAGCUCACUGGAUACAGGUAUAGCAGGUUUGAAGUAGGGUGACGAAAAAUAGGGCCUCUUGAUUCUAUCCUCCUUUGGCCAGAGACAGGCAGGCAGACAGAGAAGGGCAAGAGAGAAGACUGGAAGCCAAAUAAAGGAAACAAUAUCUCUUUCCAGUGGUGCCUUGAGGAUGCCUUUCAAGGGGUCUGGCCUUAUGUUUCUCAUCUCCCUGGUGUCUGUGCUGGUCCUGGGAGUCUAUUGCCAAGCCGGCUAUCAGAAGUUCGUUACCCAGCACUACGAUAAUCCCAAGAGCAGUGUCGGCAAGCAGUAUUGUGACGUCAUGAUGAAAAGACGCGGGCUGGACAAACCAGCAUGCAAGCAAGUGAACACCUUCAUCCACGACACCAAGAAGAACAUCAUAGCUGUGUGCACUGCAUCUGGAGGGAAGGAUUACGGGAAAGGGCUGAGGAUCAGCCUCCGCCCCUUCACUGUCACCACCUGCAAGCUCAAAGGUGGCUCAAGUCGCCCACCUUGCAAAUAUUCUGAUAACAAAUCAUCCAGAUACAUCGUCAUUGCCUGCCAGGAUGGGAAGCCUGUGCACUUUGAUGAAGGCAUCAUUGUAAGAGAGGAUUUUCAAGGCCCAGAUAAAAAAUGUUCAGCAUUCUAAUGAUCAUGUUCACCUUCACUGAAAAUGUUUGAUUUCUUUAAAAGUUUCCAGUUCUAAAACUGAACCAAAAAGAAAUGUUUAACAGAGUCUUUGCUUAUUGUUAAUUACCUUGCUGAUUUCCUGCAUAUGUAUCUUUCCUGUGUCUGAGCCCUGAAAGCUCAAGGGUGUGUGUUUCUAAUGCAUGUGGAAAUAAAAAUGGCCUGCUUUAA